UGGCUUUGUCAAUCAGCAAAGUCGACUUAUGUGGGAUCAGUUUUCGGUCAUGUCAAUUUGCUCCAGGCAAAGGCAGUUCCUCUGCGGAAGCCAACGGAGCAGGAAGCCAGCAACAUGGCCACAUUCUCGUCCAGCGAUGAAUUUGACUUUAGCAAGUGGGACUUUCCCGAGGAACGCAUCUGGCUGCAUAAGCCUAAUGGCGAAAUCACCUGGAAAAUCAUCACUUUCCUGCCCCUAAUUGCCUUUGGUCUGUAUGGAAACUUCACCAUGGUGUAUCUGAUAGCCGCCAAUCGAUCCUUGAGAUCGCCCACUAACCUAAUUAUUGCCAACAUGGCUGUGGCCGACCUGCUAACGCUGGCCAUCUGCCCGGCUAUGUUUAUGGUGAACGACUUCUAUCAGAACUACCAGCUGGGCUGCGUUGGCUGCAAGCUAGAGGGAUUCCUGGUGGUGGUUUUCCUUAUCACAGCCGUACUCAAUCUCUCGGUGGUCAGCUACGACCGUCUCACGGCCAUAGUGCUGCCCAUGGAGACCCGCCUGACUGUUAGAGGAGCCCAGAUUGUAGUGGUCUGCACCUGGAUUCUGGGUAUUCUCCUGGCAUCACCCUUGGCUUUGUACAGAGGCUAUAGAGUGCGAGUUUGGAAGAACUUUACGGAGCGGUAUUGCAAGGAGAACACCAGCAUUCUGCCAAAGUACUGGUAUGUGCUUAUAACCAUUCUGGUGUGGCUGCCACUUGGCAUAAUGCUGAUCUGCUACAUAGCCAUAUUUUACAAGCUCGAUAGGUAUGAAAAGCGCGUCCUGAGCCGCGAGAACCCGCUCCAAGUGAGCUACAAACGCAGCGUGGCCAAAACCUUAUUCAUUGUCGUCGUGGUUUUUGCUGUGCUCCGUCUACCCUUUACCAUUCUGGUAGUUCUCCGGGAGAAGUACUACGCCGAGGAUAUCUCAGUGAGCAGUGGAAUGCAACUUUUCUGGUACAUCUCUCAGUAUCUGAUGUUCCUCAAUGCCGCCGUCAAUCCGCUCAUCUAUGGCUUCAACAAUGAGAACUUUAGGCGAGCCUACUACCAAAUAUCCUGGGUUCGACGCUGCAGAGAGGCGGCCAAAAUGAAGAAGAGUUCUGAUACAUCACAGCAUUGUUGCUACUGUGCCUUUAUGAAGAAGGGUAAAUCUGUGAAGAAGCCGCAAGGAACAACUCAGUCGCCAGAGAAUGUCGACAAGGGUGAGAGUCUGGAGUUCACCACUGAGGGGCCAACGACUGCCUGUUCAACGGAGAGGAUUCGUGAGGAUCAGGGGGAUAUGCAGGUGCCGGAAGUCGAUGCAGAUGGUUUUAUUUAG